AGACGCUUAGCUCAUCAUCACUCACACCCCUCGGUCGCGCAUAGGCACUAGCGUAGCAACCAAGACCUCGCAGCCUCUUUUUAAGCAUCACUGCGCACAUCCCCUUCGGUAUUCAAGCUUUGCAUGCAGACACAACGUCCUGCGUCGUCACAGCAAAUACAAAAUACACCUAGGGUCCAAGUUCCGGAAAGAAGAAAAACUGAGCUCGUGUAAAGGAUAAAUAACGGGCGGAUGAAAAGAUGCUGAUGUAGCUUUACAGGAGAGCUGGUACGAUGAAGGCUUAGGUGGCCAAUGCAGAAGGACUAAAUCAAGCCACACCCCAAACUGAUGCUCUGACAUCAUGAGAACUGCUCCUGUCCUGCUUUUUUGUGUUUUCCUGCUAUGCACAAAAGGUAUAGUGGCAGAGCAGUGCUGGCAGGGGGCGACGUUCUCAAACACCAUCAUCUCGCCCAACCUGAAGAGCAGCAGCAUCCUGCGCGUGCCGGACGUGUCGUCGCUGGUGCACUGCGCCGAGGCCUGCUGCGACCUCCCGGGCUGCGACCUGGCCUGGUACUUCGAGCGCCGCUGCUACGUCCUCAGCUGCCAGCGCAAGGAGAACUGCCAGCCCAAGCAGCGGCCCGGCACCGACUCCUACGUGGCCUUCCUGCAGCGCGGCCCCGCCCAGACGCUGGUCCUGCAGUCCCUGGUGCGGGGGCAGCCCUACCCAGGCCGCUGGCGCCCGCUCCUCAGGCCCAAGGGGGCCGAAGCCCUCAAGGACAUGGGCCUGUUCGACGGAGCCCACGGCUUCGGCGACUCCGCCCUGGCGGAUAUCGACUACCCCGAGGGCUACCAGAACUCGGAGGACGGGGACGGGAUCAGGGGCAGCAGCUUCGUGGGCUCCAAGGCAGAACUGAAGGAGAGCUCGGGGUACCUGGAUUGGCCCUCGGUACCAGGAAGGGAGGGUCUUAACCUGUCAGAGUCCGGGGGCAGCCGAGGGGAGAAGGAUUCUCCUCAGGACUCUCUGCAGAACCCGACCAAGAGCAGCCUUUUUCUGCGUAGCUCCGCCCCCGGUAACCUAGAUUCUGUUCCAGCUCCACCCACUGACUCUGGCCCUACCCUCAUGUCCCCAGUUUCUGUACCAGAAGGCCUCAGUGAUAGUGAUAUUUCGCAGAAUGUAUCCUACAGCAGUCUGGAGACCACACCCCAACUCCAAAACAGCAGUGCAGACUCCACCCCCCAGAGCCAAAUGGGGACUUCCCCACCCAAAGAAAACCUCCCACCUGUGUCCGAUACUCCAGCUUCAACUGCCAUCUCAAAACCAGGCAGGACCCUGCUAGUGUCCGUGGGAGAGCCUGUGGAAGUGUCACUGCCCAGGAACUCAGUGGAGCUGAACACAUCAGUAAUAUCUGAGCCACAGUCCAAGACCUCCUAUGCUUACGAGUGGAGUUUAAUCAGCUACCCAACUGGCCACCAGGGAGAGAUGGAGGGCAAACACAGCGAGUCUGUCAGGCUGUCUGGACUGUCCACAGGCCUGUAUGCAGUGAAAGUGUGUGUGACCGGGGACGGCGCCUACGGAGAGGGCUUUGUGAACGUUACCGUUAAGGCCGCGGCUCACGAGAACCAGCCCCCCAGAGCCAUCGCCUCGCCUGAGAGCCAGGAGGUCACCCUCCCUGCUGGCUCUGUCUUCAUCGAUGGCAGCCGGAGCACUGACGAUGACAGGGUAGCAAGCUACCAUUGGGAGGAAGUGUCCAGCCCACCGCGGAAACUCAAAACCUCAGCAGACACCGCCAUCCUUCGCCUGUCAGACCUGGAACCUGGGAACUACACCUUCAGGCUGACCGUGGUUGAUUCAGAAGGGGCGACUGACUCCACCCUGGCCACAGUGAGGGCCAUCAGGCCAGUGGACCUCCCCCCGGUAGCCAUUGCUGGCCCCAACCUAACCCUCACCCUGCCCCUCAACCAUGUCGCCCUGAGCGGCAGUGAGAGCAGUGAUGACCACCCUAUCGCUGGCUACUCCUGGACCCUCCUUUCCCACAGCCCCGGCAGAGACCCCACCAUGGAGGGUGUGAGGACUCCCCUCCUCCAGCUGUCAGACCUGCAUGAGGGCGUGUACUCCUUCCAGCUGACCGUCACUGACUCGGCAGGCCAGCAAGCUUCCUCCAACGUUACGAUCCUUGUGCAGCCUGAGGAGAACACGGGCCCUACCGCAGUGGUGGGGCCAGACAGGCUGCUGACCCUUCCAGUGAACAGCACCAGGCUGGACGGCAGUGGCAGCACUGACGACCAGGGCAUUGCCACCUUCCACUGGGAAGCCAUCAGUGGUCCUCCUGGGAUGAAGAUAGAGGAUGCUGACAAGGCAGUGGCCAUGGCAACAGGUUUGGGGGCAGGCAGUUACAUCUUCAGGCUGACAGUGACAGACCAGCAGGGGGCAUCAGACAGCGCUUCCCUCACUGUUACUGUGACCGAAGCCCAGGAUCUUGCCCCUGUGGUCCAUGCCGGGGGCAGCCACACCCUGAUCCUGCCCAACAACUCCCUGGUGCUGAGGGGCUCGGUUUCCGGGGCUGACCCAGCCAACGUGUCAUACCUGUGGGUGCGAGAUGGCCAGAGCCCUGCCGCUGGGGACGUCCUGUACGGGUCGGAACGGCAGGCCUUUCUUCGCCUGGCCAACCUGGUGGAGGGGACCUACCUGUUCCAGCUGUGCGUGACCGAUUCCCAGAGACGCACCAGCAUGGCCACCGCCACCGUGGAAGUGCGUCCUGACCCCCACAGGAGGGACGAGGUGGAGCUGGAGCUGGCGGUGGCCGUGUCCCAGGUGUCCCAGCAGCAGAGGGACACAGUGGUCAGGCAGCUGGCCGCGCUUCUCCACGUGCUGGACUCUGACAUCAGCGUGCGGGGGCUGCACGCGAAGUCUGACAUCAGCGCUGCGCUGAGGUUCUGUGUACGAGGACGGGACGGGCCGAUGCCGGGCCCCCAGCUCACCCGCUUGCUGCGAAGCCUGCUGCUGAGGGGGAAGGCCGACUUCCUGCUCUUCAGGACCCUCAGGGUGGACACCACUAUGUGCCUGCUGCGCUGUUCGGGCCACGGCCAGUGUGACCCCUUCAGCAAGCGCUGUGCCUGUGAGCCCUUCUGGAUGGAGAACCCUAUUCGCCGUUUCCUUGGUGAUGGAGUGAGCAACUGUGACUGGAGCCUCCUCUACGUUGUCCUGUCCUGUUUCAUGGGCGUCAUCCUCAUCAUGUCAGUCACCUGGGCCUGCGUGUGCUGCUGUAAAAGAAUUUCAAGGAGAAGGCGAACGAAAGUGAGGAAGAAAACAAAGUACACCAUUUUAGACAACAUGGAUGACCAGGAGAGGAUGGAGCUGAGGCCAAAAUACAACCUCAAGCACAGGAGCACAGAGCACAACUCCAGCCUGAUGAUGUCAGAGUCAGAGUUUGACAGCGAGCAGGACACCAUCUUCACCCGCGAGAGGCAGGACAAGGGAAAGGGCUACUCCAACGGCACCGCCAAAAACGGGGACGCCUUCAGCUACCGCCCCGUGGACGGGUAGGCCUCCCGGAGCGAGCCUUCAGGGGUAUGAGUGCUGCUUCCCAGCGGUCCCAAAAGGGCUGCUGACAGGUUGGAAGAACUGUACACAGAGCCCUGUAAACCUGGCGAGACUUUACAGACUGCCUGGAAAUACAGACUGAUGAAUGUAGAUGUAAUUAUUUGAAAUCCCCUCUCACCCCCGACCCUUAAAACUGUUUCUCCUUGACUGUUUUUAUGCUUUUAAUAACUUUAUUUUCGGUUUAAAAAAUGUUAUUUCUUCAGGUGGCUUUCCGCGACACACAGAUCCUCUUCCUCAGAGGAUAUGGGUUGUAUGGUGUAUGGGGAAUGCUUCAACGAUGUAAUGAUGCAAAAAAUUUUAUUCUUCAUGUAAAAGGUUAAAGGUGUGUCUAGGGCUGUUUAAUUCACCAGUUCACCUCAUUGUAGUCAUUUUAAAAUUGUAUCCACUAGAAAAUUGAAUUUCAUUAGGUAUUUUGUGGAAAAGAUAGUAGUGGUUUUCAGAUGGGCAUACCAAGUACACACCAAGUGAAAAAGCUUUUACAUCACUGAUUCAUACAGUAAAUGACCAAAACAACCAACCAAAGAGUUGCCCUGAAUCUGACUUUCUCACAGAAAUCCCAGGUCCCUUCAAGGCAUUUAUAUUACAGAACUAAAAUAUGAAACUCAAGCUGCCUAAAAAACUACAUUUUGAGGCUGAACACGGAAUGUCUAGAAUAGGACUAUGCUUUCCAGAUUCAGACGCACCUGAUCAAUGCAUAUUAUCUGUUAACCAGCCUGAUUUCCAGAUUUGUUUCCAGAAUGCUACUCAGUGUACACUACAGUAUAAUCCUCCCAAUAAAGAACAAGGAACUGAUAUGAAAACAAAAUAUAUAUACAAAUUUCAAUAUGUUCAAAAAAUAUUUGUAAAAUGACAUGGCACAUACAGAAAUAUCCACUAUUCCACUUCAAUAUAUGCAACAGGGCAUAUAUUUAAUUGUGCAUUAUAUUCCACAGAAUGCGCGUACAAUAACGAGACAAUAAUUGACUCAUUUUAUAAUUUGUGCUUUAAGUUUUAACUCUAAAAUGUUUUAUACGUCUGGAACAUGUUGGGUAACACAUACCUUUUUCUCAAAGGAAUAUCUGGUUAUAUAGCUUUGAUGAAGAGACAAACACUGCUCAGAAAAGCCAUGGGGGUUGGGAGGGGAGGUGUUCAGACUAGCCCAGUCAUAGGGUGAGAACUUGCUAAUGGGUAACAAUCAAGAACCAGGUUAAUCUAAAGUGUGUAAAGACGUUUCUAAGGGACACAUUUAGCACACACAUACAAAAUGAUGUGCAGAAGCAGUCCUCUGUGAGAGCCAUGAGCAGGUGCUGUACAAGCAGGAGAAUGACAGAGACCGUACAGGUACAGGAGUCGAUGGGAGAAAUGAAUGAUCAUGGAGGCAACCAAAAUUUACACUAAAGACAUCGUAGUUUCAUCAAACAAAAAACUUCCCUCUCUGAACACAUUGAGUGAAAUAUCACCGUUGAUAAUUACUUUUGCCAUUGUGUAAACGGUCACUGGACUGGUGAACUGAUUGUACUAUUAUACUAUAUUCUUGCAUAGUACCAGUUGCUCUUUUAUUCAGUGUGAACUGAUUGUGUUCUCAUGUUCUAUAAACUUAAAAAUGGCACUUUCACAAAU